UGGAUAUGUAGGAAGUACACAGUCAAAUGUGAUGAUCACAGACUUCCUUCCUGACUUGUGGUGAUAGCAUGUAUUUUGUGUUUUCAGACUGACAGAAGGGGAACAAGAGGAGAGAAAAAGGAGUCCUGUGUAGACGGCCGGACGGACAAGAGGACAGUCAGACAGGCGGACAGACAUACAGUCAGAUAAACAGACAGACAGGCAGUAAGACAGACAGACAGGCAGACGGACACUGCGUGUGGAUUUGAGAAGAUCCAGGUUAAAAGGAGAAUUAAUCCAUCUCAUAAAGUGGAUUAUCCAAAAGUCCAGAAAAUGGCGUCAGACCUCUCCAUCUCCAUCUCCGCUCCCCCCCUGCUCCCCUCCACCCCUUCUCUUGUCUCCUCCUCCCCUCCUCUCUCCAUCUCACACCAGAUCGGUAUCUCCAUUCUGGUCCUGGCCUUUGUCUUUGGUUUCCCAGGCAACCUGUUCGUGGUGUGGUCGGUGCUGUGCCGCGUGAGGCAUCGCUCUGUCACGUGCCUGCUUGUCUUAAACCUCGCCGCGGCCGACGCCCUGGUGCUGCUAAGCGCCCCGCUCUUCCUGCACUUCCUGGCAGGCAGGCGAGGCUGGGAGUUCGGGGCGGUGGCCUGUAAGACGGUACACUACCUGUGCUGCGUCAACAUGAAUGUCUCCAUCUACCUGAUCUGCUUGAUGAGCAUGGAUCGUUGGCUGGCCGUGGCGAGGCCCUUCCUGUCACAGAGGAUGAGGACCAAGAAAACCCUGAUGGCCGUUCUGCUGGCUAUCUGGGUGCUGGCAUUCGUCUUAGCUCUGCCCAUGCCCUUCUAUCGCAGUAACCUGAAGCCCUUCCUUCACAAGAACAUCUCCAUGAGCAUCUGCAUGCCGUACCACUGGGAAAGAGUGGGUCACCAGGUGUUCCAGUACCUAUUCGAGACCGUCCUGGGCUUCUUCCUCCCCUUCACCUUCAUCAUCGUCUGCUACACCUCCGUCAUCUGCCGGCUACGCAGCGCCAUGUUCCAGCGCAAGGGACGAGGAAACCGUCUCAUCCUCCUCAUCAUCGGCGCCUUCGCUCUCUUCUGGCUGCCCUACCACCUGGUCAACAUCUUACAGGUGAUUGGUCUGCUGGGUAGCAACGCCACUCUCUCCAAUGCUGCUGUAUUGGCCCGUCCCAACGUCACGGCGUUCGCCUUCCUGAGCAGCAGUGUCAACCCUGUGCUGUAUGUGUUCGCCGGCAGCUCCCACAUCCGCCAGGCCGGCCUCAGCUUCAUGGCCAAGCUGUUCGAGGGCACCAACUCCGAGGGAGGUACCUCCGCCUCCUUCUCCCGCAGCACGAGGUGCAGCCGGAGUGGUUCCACAGCCCCGGAUGAGAGCUCCGCUCUGCGUUCGCUGACACUCAAGCUGGGGUGGUUGGGGAAGGAAAAGGAUGGGGGUGGGGAUAGUGGAGUGGAGCUGCGUGGAGUUGAGGUCAAGGUUAACUCCAAGCAGGAGCUCAAGACUUUGACAUCCAGUGAUCAGUCAGAGUAGUGUUUUUUUUACUUUUUGCCGCCUACUGUAUUACUCCUAGAUUAUUAUUCGUAUUGAAUGUAUUUCAUGAACAGAUUUGUGAUAUAUGUACUUCAUAGCAAGUGUGUCUGUGAGGUUGCCAAAUGACGUCAGUGACUGGAGCGGUGUUUGGAAACUCACAUUUCCAUGAUGACCUCACUAAUGCAAUUGUGGUUAACUAUUAGAAAAUGUUCCAGGUGGGUGAUGCAACGGAGACCAGUAGCUGAUUUUAGUUAUUUUAGUUACCAUUAUUCAGAUUUGUGAUAUAUGUGCUUCAUAGGAAGUGUGCCUGUGAGGCUGCCUUCAUGCAAUUUCUGAAUUAAAAUAUUAUACCAUUAGUUAAUAAAGUUUUCACAUAUUGACAAA